CCGAGCUGACAGCAGUAUAUUUUUUUAAAAAAAAAUAGGCUGUUAGCUAGGCCCAGGUAGGAGUUGAGAAUCUUGGGCGCAAAGUGCAGACGACAUGCCACCAUAGGCUCGCGCUCCCUGCCUCCCUGUAUCGCGUCCGUCCUCGCCUCGCCUCGCCCCGCCUGCUCCAAGAGGAAGGAGAAAGGAGAAAGGAGAAAGGGCUCACUUGCUGGGUCUUGCUGCCAUGCCCUCGGGAGGGGCACCAUUCAACCCAAGGGUGUAGAGAGCUAGCUAGUCCUCCCUGGAUGGAUCGCCGGAGCUGGCCGUGGCGCCGCAAGUCCAUCUCGGACAAGGCUCCUGCCCCCACCAAAACCGACAGCUCCGCCUCCUGCCCAUCCGAGACUUUAACUGAUGAACAGGAUACCACCCUCAAGAGUUCCCCGGAAUCGCCGGAGGUCGCAUCCAAGGAAGCACAGGACAACAGCAAUGUGAAAGUCAAGGUGCUGAGCGAGAGGCUUUCCUCUGUGGUAUCGGAUAUUCGUGCGAAAGAUGAUCUCGUGAAGCAGCAUUCCAAAGUUGCCGAAGAAGCUGUUUUAGGAUGGGAGAAGGCCGAAAACGAGAUGGCAUCGCUGAAAGCCCAGCUGAAUGCUGCAACUGUCAAGAACUCGACGCUGGAUGGCGCGCUCAAGGAAUGCGUCCGGCAGCUCCGGCGCGCCAAGGAAGAGCAGGACCAAAAGGUCCAGGGCGCGCUGGCACUGCAGUCUCGGCAGUGGGAGUCGGACAAAACCGACCUAGAGCUGCGGAUUGUCGAGCUCAAGGCCAAGCUGGAAGCCAAGUCCGAGAGCACAGUGACCAGUGACGGCGAUGCUAGCUCCAGGCUGGCCUCUCUGGAGAAGGAGAAUUCGGCUCUCAAGGCGCAGCUGCUCGCCAGGACGGAGGAACUGGGGCUCAGGACCAUCGAAAAGGAGCUCAACAGGAGGGCGGCGGAGGCGGCGAGCAAGCAGCAGCUCGAGAGCAUCAGGAAGGCGGCCAAGCUCGAAGACGAGUGCAGAAAACUGCAGGCCACUGCACGUAGGCCCUCCUUCAGCAGCGACCUCCGGCGCACUCCGAGCUCCCUCUGUGCCGAGUCGGUGACGGACUGCCAGUCGGACUGCUCCGACUCAUGGGCAUCGGCUCUCAUCACCGAGCUCGACCAGUACAAGACCGAGACAAGGAGUGCAAGCCUAGCAACCACAGUCGACAUCGCUGUGAUGGAUGACUUCCUUGAGAUGGAGAAGCUUGCGUCAGCCAACGGCGCCGUCUCCAGGAGCAAUUAUGCCGAGGACACCGGUGGUCAGAUGGAGAAGGCCAGGAAGAUGGCGGCCGAGAAGGAUAAAGCCUUGCACGAAGCCCAGCGCGAGCUGAGGGCUUGCCGCCAUCGGGCAAUGGUGGCAAAGGAGAGAUCAGUUGAGAUGCAGAGGCAGCUGAAUCUCGUCAACGGAGAGAGGCAUGCCAUGGAGGCCGAAAUGCAAGACGCGGAGAGGAAGAGGAACGAUCUGGAGGGUAGACUUGAGAUGGCCCAUGGCGAGAUCACGAGCCUGUUGGACAAGGGGCGCAUCCUGGAGGAACGGCUGGACUCGGAAAAGGCGCUAACGCUGGAGCUGGCAACAAAAUACCAGCAGAUGGAUGCGCUCGAGUCGGAGACGAAAGAGCUGCGUGCUCAGCUCGAGUCUGACGCCAGAAAAUACAGCGACAAGAUCACCCUGCUAGAGAGGAGGCUCACAGAGAAAUGUCGUGCCGUCGAUGCUCUGGAGGCAAAGAUCAAGGGUGCAGAGAUUGAGCUGGAGCUGGCAGGACAAGAAAUUGUGUCAUUCCAAAAAAAGGUGUGUGGCCUGGAGCAGCAAGAUAAGGCAUUGUCUGUUGAAUCCGCAAAGCGGUGCCGUGAUCUCCAAGCGCUGGAAGCAGAGAGAAAUGAGCUCAGAUCUCGACUCCAGGCCGCCAAUUCAGACGUCUUUGCCCUGAAUGAGAAGGUUAACAUGCUUGAAGAGACUCUGGACAAACAAGGGCCGUUGAUUGCACAACUGGAAUCUCAACUCAAGUCGGCGCAAGCUGAAAUCAAGAGCCUCAAGGAGAAUGCCGGCCAGCUGGAAAUUAAAUUGGAGACGCAGAAGAACUUGUCAUCAGCCUACAUAACUGCACUGGACGCUUCCGAAGCCCAGAAGAACAAAAUGACGAGCCGGUUCGAGCUCAAAGAGAAAGAAGCAGAGGAAUUGCACAGAAAGAUUUACUUGCUCGAGGAACAAAUUCUCAAAGAGAGAGCAGAAUCAUCGGAGUUGAACGCGCACUGCCAUGACUUGAAACAGGAAUUGUGCAGCAGAGCUCCAGAUCAUCAGCCAAAACCAAUGGAAGUGAAACCUAUGGCAAGUACAGACCUGCACAUCACAAAGGAGAAAGAGCUAGCUCGUGCUGCGGGGAAACUAGCAGACUGCCAGAAAACAAUAGCAUCACUGAGCGCGCAACUAAAAACGUUAUCCGACUUCGAUGAAUUCAUCAUCCCUGAUCCUGGAGUUGAGAAUCAUGACAUAAACUUAGCUAAAAGCUGGCGAUCUGAAGCUGUUUGAUUCAGCAAGUUAUCCAGCACAGUUGGGCUGUUUGGCAAUCACAUGACUGGUAGCAAAGAAAGAUGGCGGAAAAUUAUAUGGCUUGGCUGUCUCAUAAUAAGAUUGACAGAAUCCUUCCCUGAUUCCAUAUGGAGACAAGUUAAUACUAGUUUAUACAGGUGAGAGGCAAAGGCUCAUAUGAAAAAAACACUGUUCAUAUGGAGAGAUGAAGGGGCUGUUUGGUUCCCAGCCACAGUUUGCCAAGCCAAAAUUUGGCAGCCACA